GAUUAGAAAUGGCUACUCCCCAAUCAGUUUUUGUCUUUGCAAUUUGCAUUUUAAUGAUAACAGAAUUAAUCCUAGCCUCAAAGAGCUACUAUGAUAUCUUAGGUGUGCCAAAAUCUGCCUCAGAGCGACAAAUCAAGAAGGCCUUUCACAAAUUAGCGAUGAAGUACCACCCCGACAAAAAUAAGAGCCCUGAUGCUGAAGCAAAAUUCAGAGAGAUUGCAGAAGCAUAUGAAACGCUCUCAGAUGCUCACCGGCGGAAGGAGUAUGAUACAGUUGGACACACUGCUUUCACUAAUGGCAAAGGACAAAGAGGGAGUGGAAGUCCUUUUGAGCAGUCUUUUAACUUCAAUUUUGAUGACUUAUUUAAAGACUUUAAUCUUUUUGGCCAGAACCAAAACACUCGGUCUAAGAAGCAUUUUGAAAAUCACUUCCAGACACACCAGGAUGGUUCCAAUAGACAAAGGCAUCAUUUCCAGGAGUUUUCUUUUGGUGGUGGAUUGUUUGAUGAUAUGUUUGAAGAUAUGGAGAAAAUGUUUUCUUUCAGUGGCUUUGAUACCACCAAUCGACACACAGUACAGACUGAAAAUAGAUUUCAUGGGUCCAGUAAGCACUGCAGGACUGUCACUCAGCGAAGAGGAAAUAUGGUUACUACAUACACUGACUGUUCAGGACAAUAGUUGAUUCUCUUCUGUUUCUACUAAACCCACGUAGUUCUAAUCUUUCUCACUGUGUCUGAUGAAAACAACUGUUUUCUGUGAAGUACUUUAACAAAUGCAUGAUUUCACUUAUGUUAAGCAGUUGGUUAUAGGUAUUCCAUAUAUUAAAUAUUUUUGACAGGUUCAAUCACAUUCAGCUAGUAGACAACUCUAAUUAUUAAUUUUUCUGAUUAGGAAAGGUUCAUUUGAAAGAUCAUCAUUUGCAAGAUUUUUUUUCUUUAUCCUUUGAUUCACUAAUUUGGCCACACCCCAAAAAAAAUCCACAAACAAAACCCAGUUACCUGAUACAUACUUAAAUAUUAAACUUUAAAAGUUACUAUAGAUAUAUUUGUGUGAACUUGAAUAAUUUUUGCAGUGACACCUCUGCUAAUUUAAAAUCGCAUGCCCUGUAGCACCUGUGACUUGGGUUGCUAAAUGUCUGUGAAACUGUAAUUGAGUCAGUCAGUGAAAGAGACAACAGGCUUUUGGCUAAUUGCCACUGAAUGCUUUAGAAACUGCUGGUUUGAUACCACAAAAAGAUGCCUCUUCAGUAGAAUUGGUGUAACAGGAAUGAUUGUAUUGCACGUAGUUAAGCUGAAAAAGUUUAAAGCUUAUGGUGAAAUAUUGCCAAGAGAUUGUGUGUUUGGCCCUGCGCUAAUGGUUUUGUAUGAUCAAAAUCAUAGCUACAUGAAUAUCUUUUUUUUUUCACUUUUUUCUGUUUGUUGACUUUCUAGGUCUUAAUAUCAAUUUGAGUUUUAUUUGUGUUUUUUUUUUUUUUUGGUGUAUGUGUGUGUAGUUCCUCCUGCACUUAUCUUUGUCAUCUAGAAAUUGACUAAUACCUCAUUCUUUUUGUAAAAGCAGCCAGUAAUUUCUGUGCAACCUUAUAUGUGCAAUAUUUUUAAAUCCUAAGAAAUGUGUGCUUUUUGUUGUUGUUGUUGUUAGAGUUAUUUCUUUAGUUCUGCACUUUUUCAUGUUAUACUCCAUAUGAGUAUUAAUCCUAUGGAUGCAUAUGAAAACUAGUAAUGUCUCAUGCAAUAUUGUGUGAGUAUUGUGUGAGUGAGAGAAAUACAAAUAUUUACAACCUGGUC